AUGACACCCAGAAGAGGUCCUAAGCACAAGUUCAAGCCCAAAGAGCAGCUAAAGAAACCAGCCAAAUCAUCACCAGUUUCCAUGGAACAGUUUACCAAAGCGCUUAAUGUUUCCACCCUUGAAUACGAAAUAGAAGACCUUUUUGAAGCUUCAGAUAUCAAAAUCAGUGAAUCUCAAAACCUUUUGGAUCAUACUUUCCUCAAGAAAAAUGUCAUUUCACCCUUGUUGAAUAUUCCAAUGAGAGAUGGUCGGUUUAAGAAUAAUGAUUUCUAUGUUCAAAAUCAUGAUUUCCUUCAUCUUUUCGUUAAACAAUGUGUGAUUUCAAUACUUUCAGUUAAAGGUUGUCCUAGAUCCCAGGUUGAAAUUGAUGAGUUGUUAGAUUUGGAAAAUAAUCAAGUUAGAGCCAUUGUUGACUACUUGUUGACAAAAUUAAACAUGUUUUUCUUUGUUAAGGCUAAUGAGAAUGGUACAAAACUGAUCUUGUUGAAUAAUUCCCAAUCAGUUAUAAUGAUGUUAUUACAGAAAUAUAUAUUGGAUAUAUCAAGACAUGUAUUCAGUGUCAUUGAUAAUAUCACUCAUAAGACAUUAUUAAAUCAUGAUCCAAAAUAUCAACAUUUAAAUUUUAAUUGGAAAUUAGUUGAGACCUUAACGAUUGAUUAUGCAUUAGAGAAUCCAUUUCUUAAUGGGAAUGAAUGGAUUAUUAAAAAAUCAAAUGAUAUAACAAAUUAUGUAUCAAUUCAAAAAACUAAAUAUCCUUAUAUAACAAUUGAACAAUCAAAAGGUCCAAGAAAUGAAUUGAAAACUGAAAACUUGUUUGAAAAUUCUGAACUAAAUAAUUUAUCAAUUUUACAUAAGGAUAUAACUUCAAUCUUGACUAAAUUCUCUAGUCCGCUUUUUGAAAGGUAUAAUCCUACAGGAGAUCAAUUAGUUAUAGAAAAUAUAAAUGCUCAUGAUAUAAAAUUCAUUAUGGAGAUGACUAAAUUACAUUAUGAUGAGGAAUUAUUUUUCAGAAUCUUACCGAAAAGAAGUGAUGAAGAUGAAGAUGAUGAUUUGUAUUUUGAAACAACAGAUGAAGAUAUAUUAAUGUGA